AUGAAUAAUGAAUUCGAUUAUAUAGAAGCUUAUCACGCAGAACUUGAAUAUUAUUAAAUCAUUUGUUUAUAUCCAUUAAUUAAAGAAUACUACAAAGUUCAUUAUGAUUUAACAUGUGCUAUAGCAAAUAUCAUCAAUUAAAAUAGUGAUAUGUGUAUAUUUAAAAUUUACAAAGAAACAAACAAAAAAAUAUAGUAAUAAUAAUAACAAAACUAAUAAAAAUAACAAUAAUAAUAAGAAAUAAAUGAUAAAGAUGAUGAUACAAAAUGGUUUCUCUAUCCAAAAGGGGAAACUAAAUAAGAAUAACCUAUAAACAAAUUCAAUGUAUUAUAAAGUAAUAUGUAUAAUUUCAAAGAACAACUUUUUAUACAAUUUUCGAUCUGUGAUAUUAAUUUAAAAAAUUAAUAUCUAUAUUAAUGUCGAAAGAUAAUUGAUUUUAUUGAAACAAUAUAAAAGGAUGUAAUGAUGAAUAAUCUUGACACUUAAUAUUUAGAAGAAGACAUUCAAAGGUUUUGUGAAAAUGAUUUAUAAUAAUGA